AUGAAGAUAGGAGCGCUGGGAGUUGUGCACAGAGUCCCUCCUACCACCACCUUCGCUCUUAGCCACGUCAGAGCCAGGGUUAGAUGUUUUUCGUCCUCUGGCCACGUAUCAUUCAUUGAGGAUGUAGCUGCUACUCAACCUCCUAAGCAUCUUCAUUACUUGCUCAAAAUGCUUCAAACUAGAGGUGAAACAAUCAUAUCUCCAGGAUCUAAACAAGGGCUGAUACCACUUGUUAUUCCUCUAUCGGAGAAUCUUUCAGGUUCUGUAACUGCACUGCUGCGCUGGCCAACUGCCCCACCUGGAAUGGAGAUGCCAGUUGUGGAUGUUCGCAAGCAUGGGGUGUGGCUUUUAGCUAAGAAUGUAGAUCAGUAUAUACAAAGAAUUUUGGUUGAGGAAGAUGCCAACAAUUUCAACGAAAGUAAUGGUGAACUCUUUCAUGCUGCUUCAGAAGCUGGUGAGAAACUUUACAGAAGGGGUGAUUUUGCUGAAUCUCAGAUUGCAAACCUUGAUGGUUAUCUUCUUAAAGAGGUGGGGCUGUUCCCAGAUGUCUUAGAGCGUAAAGUAACUCGCCAUUUUGAGCAAGGGGAUCAUGUUUCGGCUAUGGUGACAGGGGAAUUCUAUACCAAAAAGGAUGUAUUUCCAGGAUUUGGAAGGCCCUUUGUAUUCUAUGCAGAGAUUUUGAAGAAAGUUGGACGUACAUCAGAAGCUAAAGAUGCUGCAAGGGUUGCUUUAAAAUCACCAUGGUGGACUUUAGGUUGUGCAUACCAGGAAGUGGCAGGCAUUGCACAAUGGGAGGAUGAGCAAAUAGAAUACAUUCAGGAGAAGGUGAGUGAAGAAGGUAGGCAGGAGGAUUUGAAGAAGGGAAAGGCAACUGCCCAGAUAGCAUUGGAUGAGGCUGCUUUCUUGUUGGAUUUAGCUUCUAUUGAAGGAACCUGGGAUAAUGUUUUGGAGCAUAUUGCUGGAUGUUAUAGGCAGGCUGGAUUUGACGAUAUUGCAAGAUUCAUUUUGUACAAAGAUUAA